GAUCUGCUGUCUCCUUCUUCCGCUCUACAAACGGAGUCAGGCAAUCGAAUCACAACACAAAUGGCAGCGGGGAGUACCAUCAGUACUAGUCGCCGCACUCACCACCUUGUGACUCUGCUGCUCCUCGUUGCCGCCAGCACCAACUACGCCGCCGGAGCCACGCUGAACAUCACCAACCGAUGCUCCUUCACCGUGUGGCCGGCCGCCGUGCCGGUGGGUGGCGGCAUGCGGCUCGACCCAGGCGAGUCGUGGGCGCUCGACGUGCCCGCCAACAGCGGCGCAGGGCGUGUGUGGGCGCGCACAGGCUGCUCAUUCGAUGCCAAUGGCAACGGAUCGUGCCAGACGGGAGACUGCGGCGGCGUGCUCAAGUGCAAGAACAGCGGCAAGCCACCUCAGACGCUCGCUGAGUUCACGGUGGACCAGACCAGCGUACAGGAUUUCUUCGACAUCUCCCUCACCGACGGCUUCAACGUGCCCAUGGACUUCCUCCCCGUGCCGGCUCCGGAGCAGAGGCACGGAGCACCACCGUGCAGCAAGGGGCCACGCUGCCCGGCCAACAUCACGUCGCAGUGCCCCAGCGAGCUCAAGGCGCCUGGAGGCUGCAACAGCGCCUGCAAUGUGUUCAAGCAAGACAAAUACUGCUGCACUGGCACCACUGGCACCAAAACCUGCGAACCCACCACCUUCUCACUGCCAUUCGUCAGGAUGUGCCCUGACGCAUAUAGCUACAGUUUGGAUGACAGCUCCAGCACUACAUUCACUUGCCCGUCAGGGACAAACUACCAGAUCAUCUUCUGCCCUCCAACUGAUCUCACGUCUUCAUCUCCGGUUCCUCCUCCUGCACCUAUUGCUAUUGGGCCUUCAGGCUUGGAUUCCUCAUCCAAAAGAGGAGGAAGGCUUGUUGCCACUAUCGUGGUCUCUGUGAUCGGCUCUACUUCAGUACUCACCAUUAUCAUCGCUUCCAUCAUUAUCAUCAAACGAAGAAUACGAAGACACCAGGAGAUGCAAGAAGAGGAACAAGAGUUUGAGGAGCUACCCCUUCAAGGAAUGCCGAGGAGGUUCACAUUUCAGCAGCUACAAGAAGCAACUGAUCAAUUCAGAGACAAGCUCGGUCAAGGGGGGUUUGGGUCUGUUUUCCUGGGACAGAUUGGAGGUGAAAGAGUAGCGGUGAAACGCUUGGAUCAAAGUGGUCAGGGAAUGAGAGAAUUUAUGGCAGAGGUUCAGACAAUCGGCAGCAUUCACCAUAUCAAUCUAGUGAGGCUGAUUGGCUUCUGUGCAGAGAAAUCACAAAGGCUUUUGGUUUAUGAGCAUAUGCCCAAAGGAUCCUUGGACAGGUGGCUCUAUCACCAGCAAGGUUCUCCUGCUCCUGCUCUAGAUUGGUGGACACGAUACAAGAUUAUUACUCAAGUAGCCAAGGGUCUCUCUUAUCUUCAUGAGGAGUGCAUGAUGAGAAUUGCUCACUUAGAUGUAAAACCACAAAAUAUCCUCCUAGACGACAACUUCAAUGCUAAACUUUCUGAUUUUGGUCUAUGCAAGCUUAUUGAUCGAGAUAAGAGUCAAGUGAUUACCAGAAUGAGAGGCACACCUGGAUAUUUAGCUCCAGAAUGGCUGACAUCGCAGAUCACAGAAAAGGCAGAUGUCUAUAGCUUUGGCAUAGUAGUCAUGGAAAUGAUCAGUGGGAGAAAGAACCUUGACACUUCCAGGUCUGAACAGAGUAUCCAUCUAAUUACCUUACUGCAAGAAAAGGUGAAGGGUGAUCAGUUGGCAGAUUUGAUUGACAAGCACAGCAAUGAUAUGCAAGUACACCGGCAAGAAAUAAUUGAGAUGAUGAAACUCGCAAUGUGGUGUUUGCAGAUUGAUUGCAAAAGAAGGCCUCAAAUGUCUGAGGUUGUCAAAGUUUUGGAAGGCACCACAAGUAUUGAGACUGACAUAGACCAUGACUUCGUCGCAACAAAUCCAGUAAGCUUUGGUGUUGCUGGAAUUGUGGACUCCGACCCCCCUGUAGCAUCUAAUUUAUCAGGCCCCAGGUGAAUGAGGUGAUUGUAGUGGCAUGAUAUCUUGCAAUGAUUUAAAUUGUUGGAUACUGCAGAACAUAUUCGAUCGACAAUAGAUGAGAACUCCAAAGUUCAUUUUGUUA